AUGACUCCACAACCAAGAGAUGUUAACAUCACAGCUCCACAAGCCACAGUUGUAGACGCAACAGCUCUGCAACAAUCCAGAGUAGUGAAUACCACAUCUUCACAACCCAGAUAUGUUAGCAGCACACCUCCACAACCCUCAAUAGUAAGCACCAGGACUCCACAACCUAUAGACGUUAACAUCACAGCUCCACAAUCCAAAGUUGUAGGCGCAACAGCUCGACAACAAUCCAGAGUAGUGAAUAUCACCUCUUCACAACCCAGAUAUGUUAGCUACACACCUCCGCACACAACCCUCAAUAGUAAGCACCAUGACUGCACAACCUAUAUAGGUUAACAUCGUAGCUCCACAAUCCAAAGUUGUAAACCCAACAGCUCCACAACAAUCCAGAGUAGUGAAUACCACAUCUUCACAAUCCAGAUAUGUUAGCACCACACCUCCACAACCCUCAAUAGUAAGCACCAGGACUCCACAACCUAUAGAUGUUAACAUCACAGCUCCACAAUCCACAGUUGUAGACCCAACAGCUCCGCAACAAUCCAGAGUAGUGAAUACCACAUCUUCACAACCUAGAUAUGUUAGCAGCACACCUCCACAACCCUCAAUAGUAAGCACCAUGACUCCACAACCAAGAAAUGUUAACAUAACAGUUCCACAAUCCACAGUUGUAGACCCAACAACUCCACAACAAUCCAGAGUAGUGAAUACCACAUCUUCACCACCCAGAUAUGUUAGCAGCACACCUCGACAACCCUCAAUAGUAAGCACCAGGACUCGACAACCUAUAGACUUUAACAUCACAGCUCCAGGAUCCAAAGUUGUAAACCCAACAGCUCCACAACAAUCCAGAGUAGUGAAUACCACAUCUUCAGAAACCAGAUAUAUUAGCGGCACACCUCCACAACCCUCCAUAGUCAGCGUCAGAAAUCCACAACCCACAGGAGUAAGCACUGGAGCUAUGCAACCCUGGACUCUAGCUAAUGAAAUAUUACCAAAAGGUUUUACUUUUUUUCAUCACUUGUUAAGACUUAUUCUCAGCUGGUUUAUAUUAUUACUUCCUAUCAGAUCAUAG